AAAGCGUAGUAGUCUGAGUGGGGAAAAAAAAAAGAAAAAGCCACCGUAGCAUUUGCGUUACUUUAUCUCUAAAUGUCUGUGGAGUGUUUUUCCUCCGAUUCAGGGAAAAUGACCUCGGCGCGCUGUUUCCGGGAGUUUGUGAACGAGCGACUGAGCGCCGCUGCUGAGGAAAUCUUCCGAGUGUUUGAACAAACUGUGUCUGAGUACCAAGAGGAGAUCAGCCGCCAGCGCAGACUGCUGGACAGCGUCGCACAGCCUGAGAUCAAACUGCAACACAAAGAUAUCUUACAGUUUUCUGUCCAUGAUGAGGAAGCUCCUGUGGACGAGCAGAACCUGUGUGACCAAGAUGGGAUGUCUGCACUGGAUCUAAAUAACCUGGAGGUUACACAGAUUAAAGAGGAGGAGGAACUUUGGACCAGUCUGAAGGAAGAGCAGAAUAUACUAAGUCAGGAAACAUAUUUAUCCAAAUUAAAUCCCACAGGGGAGGGGAGGAAUCACAGUGAAGGUCUGCCUCUGCUUCUAGAAAAUCAUGGGAGUGAUGAAGACGUUUCGCAGAGCAAUGUCUCAGUCGUAGUAAUUAAGUCUGAAUCCGACCAAGAGGACUUAGUUUCACCACUACAAAACUCACACAGAGACUUAAACCAAGAGGGCUUAAGUCCUGAUCAUACGACAGAUAAGAAACUUCUGAAAUGCUCCUUUUGCCCCAAGAAGGUCUCAGAUUUCAUGAAGUUAAAAAUUCACAUUCGGACCCACACCGGUGAAAAGCAGUUCCAGUGUGACACAUGUGGGAAAUCUUUCUCGAAGAUGCCGCUGCUGAAGAAGCACAUGAUCACCCACUCGGGGUUAAAGCCGUUCAUCUGUGGAGUUUGCGGAAAGAAGUUCAACUUUUCGUCAAACCGUGACACUCACAUGAAGACUCACAGCACGGAGAAGCCGCACACGUGCGACAUCUGCGGAAAGGCUUUCAGACGCAGCGCCGACCUGAAGAGGCACAGCCGAAGCCACACGGGGGAAAAGCCCUACAGCUGCAGCUUCUGCGGGCAGGUGUUCCCGUACCACACUUCUCUCAAGAACCACCUCCGCAGGCACACGGGGGAGAAGCCUUACAGGUGCAUGUGGUGUGGGAAAGGCUUUGCUCUGAACGCCACGAUGAAGAUCCACACCAGAAUCCACACAGGGGAAAGGCCGUACAAAUGCAACACUUGUGGGAAUACAUAUGCUCAUAAGACAGGACUGAAUGAACACAAAAAGCUCUGCCAUGUGUGGCACAAACAAAAGAUGAAAAUGACCUCGGCUCGUUGUUUCCGGGAGUUUCUGAACGAACGACUGAGCGCCGCUGCUGAGGAAAUCUUUCGAGUGUUUGAACAAACUGUGUCUGAGUACCAAGAGGAGAUCAGCCGCCAGCGCAGACUGCUGGACAGCGUCGCACAGCCUGAGAUCAAACUGCAGCACAAAGAUAUCUUACAGUUUUCUGUCCAUGAUGAGGAAGCUCCUGUGGAUGAGCAGAACCUGUGUGACCAAGAUGGGAUGUCUGCACUGGAUCUAAAUGACCUGGAGGUUACACAGAUUAAAGAGGAGGAGGAACUUUGGACCAGUCUGAAGGAAGAGCAGAAUAUAUUGAGUCAGGAAACAUAUUUAUCCAAGUUUAAUUCCACAGGGAAAGGGAGGAAUCACAGUGAAGAACUGCCUCUGCGUCUGGACAGUCAUGGGUGUGAUGAAGACGUUUCGCAGAGCAAUGUCUCAGUCGUAGUAAUAAAGCCUAAAUCUGAUCCAGAGGACUCGGGUUUACCACUGCAAACGUUGCAUAGAGACUUACGCUUCAACCAAGAGAAUGUCGGCACCCACACUAUUGAAAAAUCCUUCCAGUGUGACACUUGUGGGAAAUCUUUCACGAAGAUGCCGCUGCUGAAGAAGCACAUGAUCACCCAUUCGGGGUUAAAGCCGUUCGUCUGUGAAGUUUGUGGAAAGAAGUUCAACUUUUCGUCAAACCGUGACACUCACAUGAAGACUCACAGCAUGGAGAAGCCGCACACGUGCGACAUCUGCGGAAAAGCGUUCAGUCGCAGCGCCGACCUGAAGAGGCACAGCCGAAGCCACACGGGAGAAAAGCCCUACAGCUGCAGCUUCUGCGGGCAGGUGUUCCCGUACCACACUUCUCUCAAGAACCACCUCCGCAGGCACACGGGGGAGAAGCCUUACAGGUGCAUAUGGUGUGGGAAAGGCUUUGCUCUGAACGCCACGAUGAAGAUCCACACCAGAAUCCACACAGGAGAAAGGCCGAACAAAAAACCUUCUGCCACAUGUGAUAGAAACAAAAACCUUGAGAAUGAUGUUUGAAUUUUUUUUUCCUCCUUUUUUACUUUAGAAAUGUAAUAUGAUUUACAUAAACCUAUUUACUAUUGGCAGUAAAGUAAAUGCUACACAAUAUUUUGACAGAAUAUGUUCAGAGUCUCUGUGGCUGCUGAAUUACAGGCCGGACACUCCUUUACAUUGCAUUUUGGGAUUGGAAAUUGGGGAUAUGGAAUCUAGCUGAGCACUUUGAUAAACACAUAAAUGGGAAAUGAAAUUAAUGCCAUGUAAGAGUUUAUUCAGAAGUGGAAUGUGUUUUGUUUUUGUUUUUUUCCUACAAGAGACACUCAAGCAUUUCAUCCAUAUUUUAAUAGGAUAAUAUUAAAAUUUUAGUAGGAAUAAGUACAGCUCUUUCAGGGAUAGACAUGUUCAUCUGGUCCAUGGCUGUUUCUCAAGUGAGCCUCUCAUAUGUCGUACAUGUUUAAAAGUAAUUAUCUGUUUAUUGAUCUCUUCAAUAACUCUGUAUUUCACAAUGAAGAAAUUAAGUUUUUUUGUUCCUUCUCCUUCUGGGAGGAGACCCCGAGGAAGACCUAGGACACGCUGGAGAGACUAUGUCUCUCGGCUGGCCUGGGAACGCCUUGGGAUCCUCCCAGAGGAGCUGGAGGAAGUGUCUGGGGAAAGGGAAGUCUGGGCAUCCCUGCUGAGACUUCUGCCCCUGCAACCCGGCCCCGGAUAAGCGGUAGAAAAUGGAUGGAUGGAUGGAUGGAUAUUCCUUCUUAUGCAAGAACUACACCUCCUAAAAUAAACACCUCCACCAAUCCAGUAGUAAAAGACAGUACUAAUAACCACUCUGACACCAUUUCUUUUUUAAACAAACUGCUGGCACAGAUGUUUCACGCCUCGUACUCCACCAUGUUUUCCACUAUAACUAUAAAGCAUUUUAAUAAAUCUGAAGAGUACAAU